UAUCAUGGCAAGGUCCAUACAAGGUAACCAAAAAAAUUUCGGAUGUGGAUUACGAGAUACUGGUGAAAGGCAAGCCAAAAAUCUUCCACAUUAACAUGCUAAAGCCAUUUAAGAUUCGAGAUGAGCUACAACCCCCCAGGCAUAUAAACGAGCAUGUUGCAUCUUUAGCCUUAACCAUCAAUGAGCAACAGGAAGACACUAUAACUGACCAAAUUCCUACACCUUCAACAACAGUCGAAUCGUCGUGGAAAGAUAUUAAAGUCAACAGCGAAAUUCCUCAUGAGGAUAGAGCACUACUAAUGAAGAUCCUUCAACAGUUCCAAGACAUCUUUUCAGAUACGCCAGGCAGCACAUCGGUAAUCAAACAUCACAUAAGACUCACAACAGAAAUACCAGUUAAGACAAAACCAUACCCCAUCCCGCUGCACUAUCAAAAACAAGUAGAGGCUGAAAUAUCUGAAUUGGAAAAAUGUGGUAUUAUUAGGAGGUCAUCUUUUCCAACUAUUCAUCACCGCUGGUAA